AUGGCUUUAGUAAAGAGUGCAGGAAUUGAUGGUGAUGAUAGUGACAAUGGGUCUUUAUCGUUAUCUGAUAGUAGCAGUGAUGAAGAAAGUAACAGAUUUAAAAAGAAAAAUAGGAAAGUAAAUAAACAUCAUGUGGAUUGUAAAGAAAAUAGAAGUUACUCUAAGAAGCUUAAGGAACAAGUGCAGGAAAUACUUAGUAAAGGUGUGGUGUCUGAAAUUAUAAAACAGACCAGGGGUAAAAUUGUUGAAUGCAAAAUGUGCGGGAAAAAGCUUUAUGGAUAUAUAAAUACAUAUAAACAUGUUUUGAAGGUACACAGGAAAACAGCGGCACAAGAUGAAUACUUGAAAGAAAUUUCUAGACUUAUGGAGUGUUCUUGUUCCUUUUGUGGGGAAACAUUUAUUGACAGUUCAAGUAUGAAUAACCAUAAGGAGACUGCUCAUAAAGAUUUGGAUUCCCCCUGUCCACUCUGUGACUACAAAAGUUGUAACCUAUCAAAUUUGAGAAUGCAUGUCCGUAACAUGCAUGUUGAUAUUGGGAAGAAAGCGUUUUGCCAUCUAUGUACAGCUUCCUUCCGAUCUAAUGGCUCACUCAGACAACAUACAGAUUUAAAUCAUUAUGGUAAUAAAUAUGUCAGGUGUGAAACCUGUAAGAAACAAUUUUACAAUAAAUCUCAGUUAAGGCGUCACAUGAAAGCUCAUGGGUCUAAUUUGGCUAAGAAGUUUACAUGUACAACAUGUGGUAAAUGUUUUAAUUUUGAAUAUAAUUUAAAAAAGACAUAUCAGUGCAAUUCAUCAACCACAGUCUGA